AGCGAAACCACAGCCAAGGGAACGGGCUUGGCAGAAUCAGCGGGGAAAGAAGACCCUGUUGAGCUUGACUCUAGUCUGACUUUGUGAAGAGACAUAAGAGGUGUAGCAUAAGUGGGAGUACAGGGAUCAAUCUGUGUAGUUGCCCGUCAAACGGUAGCUGCAUAGACCCCUGGACAACAAUGAAAUACCACUACUCUUAUAGUUUCUUUACUUACACGGUUAAAAGGAAGUUGGGAUAGUGCCUUCUGUAUGGUAUACCCUAUCAUUGCAGGCGGGCCUCCUAUCCUUAUCUUCUGGAACUAAGCUCAGAUACUCUCUGCUAUGCUUGUGUACUGUUGCUGGGUACAUGGGUUGCUUUGUUGUUCAUUCACGUGGACAGUAGAGUAUAUCUGUGUUUAUUCGGUGAUGGUAUCAAGUUUGAGAGGUUACGUGUAAGAGUAAACACAUGUAAUGUUUAAAUUCUUAUGUCUGCAUGUUCAUGUAUCUUCCAUUAGGUUGCUGUUGCUGUUUGCCCGUCAAACGGUGAACACUGCAGUAUGCUUGAUGUUUGUGCGUGUUCAUGGCCAGUAUAUGAAUACAUUGCAUGUUCUUAU